CCGAAUUAGAGUUAAAAAUUAUAAAAGCGACACUAAGAUAGUUUCAAACAGCAAAUAUUUACUUUAGUAGCCAACAUGUGGAAAUUAUAUUCGACAUUCCUGAUAUCUCUAGGAGUCUUUGAAAUUAGUGCAGCCUGCUGGGAAGUAAUUACAUGCCGACAGAAACUAAAUCAAUUCUUUCCGCUUAUUGAAUUACCGACUGAGAAGGAUUUAACGCAUAUGUGCCCAGAAGUACUCAAUGCAAUGCGGUGUUUACAAGAAAAGAAAGCAGAAUGUGGAAGAAAAUUUUAUAUUCCUGAAGACAUAGAGGUACUGGGACGUGCCAGACUUCUCCUUAAUGAUACGAAACUCGUCGAAGAAUUCUGUGACAUACAAAGUAAUUUACGUAGAGGUUACAUUCGAACUUUCUACUGUGCUCGCAGAUACAGUAAGAGUGAGCUGCCUAAACUUUGCAAAACUACGGGAGAGAUUUUAUAUGACAGAUAUGAAUGCAGUAUAUUUACGAAUGGCUUGGCUCCGAAAGAAUACAAAGAAUAUCUGGAUAACGAAAAUUGCUUGAUCUUGGCCUUAACCUCACACUGCAUAUUUCACGAUCUUGAAAGGAUGUGUGGCCCAUCUUCUAGAGCACUUUUUGAGGAAAUUCUAAACAAGCUGACAAAUUUUAGACUUCCCGUUUGUGUCAGGAAUUCUAUUGCAAAAGUUCAAUUAAUACGCCACAGAAUAGAAGACUAAAAACGAAGAUCGCAACAUAUAUCUUCCUUUGAUAAUGAGAUAUCAUUUGAUAUGAGAAUAGGAAAUAAUCUUAGAUUUUUAUUUGUAAAUUUAGGUCUGAAUACUGUAAUAAUUUUACAGAUAAUGCAUUUUAUAAGGUUGUUGAAAACAAUCACUUAUGUAAAACACUUUUGAGUUAUUAUUUUUAAUUUGUUUAUUUUAUUAAAGUUAAAUACAAGAAAUUUAAUUUACUGGUU